AUGAGAUUCGCAGCCGUCACACUCCUACUCGCAUCAACCGUGCUCGCAAGCCCAGCUCCAGUCGCACAGCCUGAAGCAGCAGCAGCACCUGCCCCCGUUGCCGAACCAGCAUCAACUGCGCCCAUCGUUCUCGACUCCGAGUCCUCAGUCGAGGCACUAAGUGCCCGCAUAGCAGCACUAGAAGCGCGCAUCGCAUCCCCAGACUUUGAAGCCAGUACCGCAGGCGUCAACCUCCCUCGCGACCCCAAAGGUGGAGGUGGUAAGGGCGGAGGUGGUAAGAGCGGAGGUGGCAAGGGAAAGUCGAAAUCCAAGUCCAAGGGCGGGAAGAUCGCGAAGGGAGGUUCUAAGAACGGAACUGAAUCCGCCGCAACGAUGGGAUUCGAGCCAAACCGUAUACUCCAGGCCGGUGCCCUGGGCCUCGGUGUUAUGGAGAUCGUCAGACUUUGGGGUUAG